GUCGGACACCCAAUAGAACAAGUCUAUCAUUGUACUUGACACCACCAAAUGGCAUUACCUCUUUAUAGCCGGCCACUUCAUUCUUCCUCUUAUAUGUACUUCACUCCUUACUAUUCCACCAAUUCCUUUUCCCUUCUCCAAAAUCCAUAAGGAACAAGGAAUUAUGGAAGAUUGAGAUAUUGUAAUCACAACCUCUCUAUGCACUACACGUUCGUUUGUCAUUAUUUCUAAUCUCGUUCAAUUCUUUACAGGCACAUAUCGAUAAAGUGAUCAUCGAAAAUGGAUCGACUAUUAAGCUUAGAACCAACAAAUCUGGUGACGAUAAGAUUUGAACCAGGUCAGAAGUGUUCAGGGGAGUUAACUCUCCGGAACGUUAUGUACACCAUGCCAGUGGCUUUCCGACUACAGCCAGUGAACAAGACACGUUACUCGAUCCGUCCUCAAUCGGGUAUCAUCUCUCCAUUAACCACAAUCACCUUAGAGAUCAUUUACCAUCUCCCUCCAAACACAACUCUCCCUAACUCUUUCCCUCAUUCUGAUGAUUCAUUCCUCUUACAUAGUGUUGUUGCCCCAGGAGCUGCUAUUAAUAAGAACCCUUCUUCCACCUUAGACAUGGUCCCAAGUGAUUGGUUCACCACUAAGAAAAAACAAGUAUUUAUUGAUAGUGCUAUUAAAAUCAUGUUUGUUGGUUCACCUGUAUUAUGUUAUCUAGUAAAAAAAGGUUACAUGGAUGAAAUUAGGGAAGUAUUAGAAAAAAGUGACCCUAAUUGGAAACCAGUUGAUUCAGUUGACUUUGAAGGUCAAACUUUACUUCACUUAGCCAUUUCACAAAGCAGGCCUGAUCUUGUACAAUUACUACUUGAAUUUGGGCCUAAUAUUGAGGCCCAUAGCAGAUCAUGUUCAAGCCCACUUGAAACAGCAGCAGCAACAGGAGAAUCACUAAUUGUUGAACUCUUAUUAGCUAAAAAAGCUAGCACUGAAAAAACAGAGUUCUCUGCUUCUGGUCCAAUACAUUUAGCUGCAGGUAAUGGCCAUUUGGAAGUACUAAAACUGCUUCUACUCAAAGGUGCUAAUGUGAAUUCUUUAACAAAAGACGGGAAUACGGCUUUACACCUCUCUGUUGAAGAACGAAGGAGGGAUUGUGCGCGUCUUUUGUUGGCGAAUGGUGCUAGAGCUGAUGUACGAAAUGCUAAGAAUGGUGACACGCCUUUGCAUAUUGCUGCUGGUUCGGGAGAUGAACAGAUGGUUAGAGUUUUGCUUCAAAAGGGAGCUGAGAAGAAUAUACGUAACAACUAUGGCAAAACGGCUUAUGAUGUUGCAGCUGAAUAUGGCCAUAACAAGCUUUUUGACGCCCUCCGUUUAGGUGACAGUCUAUGUGUGGCGGCUAGAAAAGGCGAAGUAAGAACCAUACAAAGGUUGCUAGAGAAUGGAGCUAGCAUCAAUGGACGUGACCAACACGGUUGGACUGCAUUGCACAGGGCAUGUUUCAAAGGAAGAAUAGAAGCUGUAAAGGCAUUAAUAGACAAUGGAAUUGAUGUAAAUGCAAGGGAUGAAGAUGGAUACAGUGCCUUGCAUUGUGCAGUGGAAUCUGGCCACGUUGAUAUAGCCGAGUUGCUAAUUAAAAAAGGCGCAGAUAUUGAGUCAAGAACUAGUAAAGGGAUUACUGCAUUGCAAAUUGCAGAGUCAUUGCAUUAUUCUGGUCUCACUAGGGUACUAAUGCAAGGUGCAACCAAAGAACAAGUUGGGGCAAUGGAGACAAAUUUUGUGAAAUCGUCUGGGAAAAUGGCUGUUAAAGAUGUAGAAAUUGGGAAUGUCAAGAAAAGAUCUGUUAAUAAAUCAUCAAGAGUUCGGAGGAGCAGCUUUGAUAGGACUGUUCCAUUGGCUGUUGUGUGAUAAUUUCUUGAAGUUAAAUGAACUGAAUAUUCCUUCUUUGUUGAGGAAAGAAUGUUUCAUCCUCUUGAUUUGGGUGAUCGGAGUAGAUAUUAUAUAAAAGACAGUUUAGUGCACUAAACUCCCAUUAUGUGUAAAAUGAUCAGAUUCGUCGAGUCAUCAAUAGUAAGUUGUUAGGUUUUAAUAAUUGUAGUUGCUCUAUUCCAA